AUGUUACGUAAUAGCUUUCCUAGAAUAUCAAAACGUCAAUUCAGUCGUUUGUCAAGUUUACGGGCAACAAAUGCAACCUCUAAAGAGCCAACCAAGCGUUCCCAAAAUGAAAAUAGGCAUUUCCCAUUAUCUGAGGCUCAAGCUGCAUAUCUAGAUCGUGUUGUUCGUGUAGAUCAAGCUGGUGAACUAGGUGCUGACUACAUUUACGCAGGUCAGUACUUCGUUUUGUCGAGCAAAUACCCUCAUUUGAAACCUGUUUUACAGCAUAUGUGGGAUCAAGAAAUACACCAUCAUAAAACGUUUAAUAGCUUACAGGUCAAGAAAAGAGUUAGACCUUCUUUAUUUACACCUAUAUGGAAGCUAGGUGCCUUUGUAAUGGGUGCUGGAACAGCCGUAAUUUCUCCACAAGCAGCAAUGGCAUGCACUGAAGCAGUAGAAACGGUAAUUGGGCGUCAUUACAACCAACAGCUUCGCUGUUUAACGAAUCAGUUUGAUUUAAAAAAAGCGAAUGGCUCAGUUUCAGUUCCUCCAGAGGUUAAUAGUCUCACAGAAACCAUUAGGCAAUUUCGAGAUGAAGAACUGGAACAUUUGGAGACUGCUAUUGAACAUGACUCAAAGAAGGCUGUUCCUUACAUGUUAUUGACGGAAGGUAUUAAAGGGAUCUGCAAGGCUGCAGUUUGGACUGCAGAGAGGAUCUAA